CAGUUCUGACAGUGUAACACACGAUUCAGGCUGGCUGUCACGUCAUCACUUUACAGUAAUUAACUAUAACCACUGACAGCAAGGAGCCAUACCCAGUUGGCUGCAGACUAGGAGAGAGCUCAAGGAUCCUGCCGGUAAUGAUUUUGAUGCCAGCCGGACAAACAGAGCCUGUGUUCUUCUGUGUCACAAAAAAGGUUUUUACGGCCACAAGAGGUUUAGCAGUGGUGUUUUUAAUACAGUAUUAGAUUGUUCAGGAUUUCCUCAGAAAAACCAAAGGUAUUUCAAAGCUGAUUACGCACCUUCAACUCUACAGCCUACCGGAGACCUUGCCUGUCUGAUUUGCACACUCUGGACAUGACAGGUAGUAAUGAAGCUUUGUCUGCAUGUGAAUAACAGGAGGGAAUUUUGUUUUUCUGCAAAAGGAGGUCACUCUGAACUCUGGAGUUUUUGCACAGUAAGGUGUCUUCAGUUCUAGGAAUCCAGUGAAGAAGAAAGAAGUCUAGCAAUAUUCUACCCUGAGGACAGACAUCCACCCAAUCUAUUAGAAAGCAGCAGCAGAUCUUCAAUUCUAAACCAUGGUGUUUGCAGACCUGCUGGAGCAGGUGGGCAGCACGGGUCGUUUCCAGAUGGUCCAUGUCACCCUGCUGGCCGUGCCCAUCCUCAUGAUGGCAAGCCACAACCUGUUGCAGAACUUCGUAGCGGCCGUGCCUCCACACCACUGCACUGUCCAUGCCAACCUCUCUGAACCUACAAUAGGUCCAGCUGAGACCCUGCUCCUCAGCGUGCCCCUGGAUGGGCAGGGUAAACUGGAACGCUGUAGACGCUAUGUGCAACCACAGUGGGACCUUCUGAGCAAGAACAGCUCUGAGGACCUGGAAAAGAAAGAAAUUGAGAUGGAGGGAUGUGUGGAUGGAUGGAGCUAUAACAAGACUGACAUGAGCUCAACCAUUAUUACAGAAUGGGAUUUGGUGUGUGACUUGAAAGCUCUGAAGCAAAUGGGGCAAACCAUUUACAUGGGAGGGGUGCUUGUGGGAGCGUUGAUCUUUGGGGGACUAUCUGACAAGUUUGGCCGGCGUAUUUUGCUCCUGAUCUCUAACCUGAUGAUGGCAGUUUCAGGGACAUGCACCGCCUUUGCAUCUUCUUUCUCCCUCUUCUGUCUGUUCCGUUUCUUCUGUGGCAUGGCCCUGUCUGGGAUAGUCCUCAACUCCUUCUCCCUCAUUGUGGAAUGGAUCCCCACUCGCAUACGGACCGUGGUGGGUACAGCUACAGCCUACUGUUACACCACUGGGCAGCUGAUCCUGGCAGCGGUGGCUUACAACAUCCGCGACUGGCGCUGGCUCACUCUGGCUGUCUCUCUACCUUUCUAUGUCUUCUUCCUCUACUCUUGGUGGUUCUUGGAGUCUGCAAGAUGGCUAGUUCUUACCAAGAAGCCUGAGGAGGCAGUUAAAAACCUCAAAUCUGUAGCUCGGAUUAACGGCCGCCUGGCUGAGGGUGACAAAAUCAAUCUGGAGAUGCUGCAGGAAUCCAUGACGAAGGAGAUGUCUUGCUCGCAAGUCACUUACAGUGCUCUGGAUCUUGUGCGGACACGCACCAUGAGAACCAUCACCUUGUGUCUCAGUGUAUUGUGGUUCUCGACAAGCUUUUCCUACUAUGGCUUGUCAAUGGAUUUACAGAAAUUUGGCGUGAACAUAUAUUUGAUUCAGGUGAUCUUUGGUGCGGUCGACAUUCCAGCCAAAAUCGUUGUCACAGUAACAAUGAGUACGCUUGGACGCAGACUGUCUCAGUGUGCAUCACUCAUAUUGGCUGGGAUUACCAUUCUCGCCAAUCUGCUCGUGCCUUAUGAACUGCAGACAUUGCGUACCUCCUUGGCAGUACUUGGGAAAGGUUGUCUGGCUGCUGCCUUCACCUGCUGUUACCUUUACUCAGGGGAACUAUAUCCCACGGUGGUCCGGCAGAACGGAAUGGGAUGGGUGUCCAUGAUGGCUCGUCUUGGGGCAAUGGUAGCUCCAUUGGUGCUUCUACUUUCUGAGGCAGUUGCCUGGCUCCCAGGCUUAAUCUAUGGAGGAGCUCCUAUCUUGAGUGGAAUCUUUGCUUACUUCCUCCCUGAGACGCUAAAUACUCCACUUGCUGAUACCCUCCAAGAUGCUGAGGACAGAGCUUUCAAGAGGAGAAAGUCCAAAAACUCCUCCAAGAAGGAGGAAGUGGCCCUGAAUGAACAGAGCAGUAUUCCACUGAAGGAGUGUGCUUGAGGUCUUAUUUACUACGUUAACAACCUGCGGUCAAAAUGCAGCAGAAUGCAUCCAACAUAACACACAGACUGAAGUAACAGAGUAGUAAGUUACCUUUGUACUGAAAGUUGAUUUUGUAAGUAGAAUGUAACCAAGGAAAAACUGUUUAUUCAUAGUAAAUGCAUAAUAUCCUUCAUGUAAAUUAGAAAAAAAAGAUUAGUAAAUGUUUUAUAUAUGGACCUGUUCUUUUUUGUGAAUGUAUAAUAAAAGAAAUAAAGCAAUUUAAAGAUUCUACAA